UGUCUCCCCCACCUGCACUUGCGCUCUGGCUCUGCCUCCCUGCCCCUCACCGCCCACCGGCUUCCCGUUCCUCCUCGUCACCGCUGACGUCUCCCUGCUGCCUCCUCGGUUAAACGCCAAUUUAUUCAAAUACCUCUAAAUCUACAGCAACAUGACGCACUUCUGAGAGGACUCUAGCUUGUAAAAUAUGGAUUAACAGGGUACAAAUAAAACAGUGAAGCACCACCUGCAACGGGGGAGGGAAAUGCAGGACGAAAGCGGCAAAGCGGCACUCGGAAGCCCCGCGGUAGCAAGUGCAACCACAGCGCAGAAUACAUUACACUUAAACGGGCAUCCUAUCAAUCAAAAUGGCCACAACACGACAGCUACACCUGCACCGCAUCCGCAGUACGACUCCGGAGCCCAGAGUCCUGUACCCACUCCAGUUCCGGUUAUCCCAAGGGAGCAGUGGGGAGGGAAGUAUGAGUUCCUGCUCUCCUGUAUCGGAUACUGUGUGGGACUGGGGAACGUGUGGAGGUUCCCGUACCUUUGUUAUCGCAAUGGAGGAGGUGUGUUCCUCAUCCCCUACUUCAUUAUGCUCUUUGUUACGGGUGUGCCCCUGUUCCUCAUGGAGCUGAGCUUAGGCCAGUACGGAGCAGCCGGCCCCAUCACUGUGUGGAAAUGCUGCCCUCUGCUCAAAGGUAUUGGUAUUGGGAUGCUCUGUGUGUCCUGUCUGGUGUGUCUCUACUAUAACGUCAUUAUAGCAUGGACGUUUUACUACCUGGGCAGCUCGUUACAGAGCCCCCUGCCUUGGUCCUGUGAUGCUAUAGCCAACGCAGGCCUCUGUGGAAACGCCACCACCAACAGCUCCAGUGGUAGAGGCCUCAGCCCCACGGAAAAAUUCUGGAACGAGCGUGUGCUGGGUGUAGUGAACAGUGAGGGCCUCCACGACCCGGGCCCUGUCCGGUGGCCCCUGGCCCUGUGCCUCCUGGCCGCCUGGAUCAUAAUCUUCCUGUGUAUGCUAAAGGGCAUCCGCAGCUCUGGCAAGGUGGUUUAUGUAACAGCUACCUUCCCAUACUUUGUGCUCAUUGUUUUGAUCAUCAGAGGGGCUACACUGGAAGGCUCUCUUCAGGGCAUUGCUUUCUACCUCACACCAGACUGGAGCCAAUUAGCUAACGCACAGGUGUGGAAUGACGCAGCCUCGCAAGUCUUCUACUCUUUGGGUAUUGGAGUUGGAGGACUGCUUUCUAUGGCAUCGUACAAUAAGUUUGACAACAAUGUCAUCAGGGACACUUUGAUUAUCACCGGAGGGAACUGUGGCACCAGCUUCUUUGCCGGGUUUGCAAUAUUCUCAAUCCUGGGUCACAUGGCAUGGAAGAAGGGAGUUCCUGUUGGAAAGGUGGCUGAUACAGGUCCUGGGUUGGCCUUUGUUGCUUACCCAGAGGCACUUGCUCUGCUGCCAGGCUCUGUGUUCUGGUCCAUUAUGUUUUUCCUCAUGCUCUUCAUGUUGGGGAUCGAUACGCUGUUUGGCAACAUGGAAGGCAUCACCACGGCCGUGCUGGAUGAGUUCCCGCACCUCAGAACCAACACGCUGCACAAAUCCUUGUUCUUAGGCACUCUGUGUUUCUGCUUUUACCUGAUGGGUCUCCUGUUAGUGACAGAUGGAGGAAUUUACUGGUUCACUCUCAUUGACUCCUUCAGCACUAGUUUUGGCCUCAUCAUCAUCACCCUCUUCAUGUGCAUGGGCAUCUCCUUCUUCUACGGAGUGAACCAGUUUUGUCAGGACAUUAUUGAUAUGAUCCGCCAUUGUCCCGCCUGGUGCACAAAAGUGCUGUAUUACUUCAAAGCAUGCUGGGUUUUCUGCACUCCGUUUCUACUGCUGUUCAUCCUGACCUACAUUUUCAUGGAAAUGUACAACACAUCCCUCCACUACGGGCCCUAUGUGUAUCCACGGUGGGGUAAAGCGCUGGGCGUUUGCAUCGGAGCGACCUGCUGUAUGCAGAUCCCCAUCUGGGCCAUUGUGGCCCUGUGCAAAGAAACCGGAACACUGAAAGAUCGUUUCCAGAAAUCGAUCCGACCUCUGAAUUCCUGGAGGGUAAACUUGAACAGCUCCGGGAGAGUAGAGGAGCACAUGGAGCCGGAGAGGGUGGAGGCUCCGUUCACUGUCACACUCACAGACAUGGACUUUACAGCAAUGACUUGGGAGGCGGGAAGUGAGGCCUGAGAGGACUUAUCAAUGCAGAGUGAUGAGCAACCUCAGUUGUCAAGUGACGGAGGAAUUUAUUAUUAUUUUUAUCUGUUAUUCACCCCAGCUAGGCUCUGGUGGCUGUGUCUAACAGACUGUGUGUCCUGCAGGGCAGUGUGUACUAUUGCUUUAUUUAUAUCACUAUGUAUGUUUUUAUUUUAUUUUUAAACAUUGUGUGAAAUGUAAGUUUGCAGCUAAAGAGUUUGCAUCGCUUCACCUUAUAUGGCAGAAUGGGACAUUGGGAUGAUGAUCAGCUGAUUUAUUUAUUAUCAUAGUAGCAAAGUGCAAUGAAUUAUCACUGACCACACUCAGCAGCAGUUUACGGACCAGAUUGAAUUUACCAUAUACAAAGAGAAGGGACAACAAAGUGCAGUAACUCUUGACUGUUGACUUCAACAAGCACUGAUGGAGCUGGAGAGGUGACCUCAAAUCAUUGGCCUGCCAGAAUACAAACUGCACUGAGUCAAGAAUACUUUUAACAUGUUUUACUUUUUUAAACGAAUGAUGACUAGAGUUAUGGCUACAAUAAAUGAAUACAUUUGUAAAUAGAACUUGCCAAAUUGACGAUUAAGUGAUGUCCAUGUAUGAUCAUCUCCAUUUCUAACAGACAGUUCCUGCAGAAAUAGUAGCAAUCAUUUCUCUUUUCACUUUUUUUUGUUCACUUGCUCAGUAUAAAUUUAUAUUAUCAAGUGUACAAUAUUCUAUACUAGCAUUGUAUUCAGGCUUUAAGUCGAACCAACUAUACUUUGUUUCUCAAGAAGGAAAUAGAUUGCAGUUAGAGGGUAUUUACCGCACAUGUAGGUUUUCAGUUUUUUGUGUUUACUAACCCUAACCCUAACCUUGGAACUUAAACUUUACAGUUCUUUAUAGUAGGUUGCACCCUUUGGAAAUGAAUUAGCAGACAGCCCUCUCUUGUUAUUUAUUAUCUAAUUGUAUAAUUGUAUUAGCUAGACUAGAGAGACACUCAUAGCAUAAAUGUAAUAACCCCCUCUAGGACAGGAUUAUUGUCACUAGACUUCACAACUUUCUGAGGGUGCAAAUGUUAAUUGAAUUUAAGGCCUUCUUUGUGAUGACGUUCUUUGUGAAAUCAGUUUGAAUGUUAUUAAUGGGCAAUGAGGCCACACUGCUAUUUGAUGUUGGACAACUAUUUAACAGGUAAGUAGUUUAUAAGACCCUAUUGUUAAUAAGGCCAAUGAUCUUAAAAUUGAGACACAUAGACAAUGAUAUAAUAAGGAACCAGGUGAGACGGCUCCCAUGAAUGUGUUGUUCAUCUUAUAAAGAGUUUAAGUGAAAUGGAUUGUCCAGAUAAAAAAAAAUGUUUCUUACGGAUCUCACAGAGGACUGCCGUUUCAAUAUGUCUUGAAUUUCUAAAGUUUUUUUCCAGGCUGCUCAUUCCUAAACGGUUUUCAUGGCCCUAUGUGCUCUCUGUCGUGUCCUGUUGCAAUCCCAGCAUAUGAUGCGCUACAAAAGAAACCUGCAUUUUUAAAACCAGACUUUUAAGUUGUGUAUUAUUUUCGCUCAUAGCAUCUUUCAAGCAGACUUUUAAAUGUUUGAACAUUUUAUUGUCCUUCAUUUUAGGAUUGUAAGUCAUGUUUUGCUCUAAUUUUAAUAUGUUAUUAUAUAUUGCCUUUGUACACCGUGUUGCCAUUCUCUUGCAUAUUGCUGUGCACAGUGAAUAAAUAUUGUUAUUGCCUUAA